AUUUUGCUUGGAUAUAAAAUCGUUUGUAGAAGUGGGCGAAAGUUCUGGGAAUUUUCUUGUACAAAUUGGCCUUUUCUCUCACAACAUUUCAAUAAAUAAGCUUAACAAGGAAUCAUUUAUCUGCUGCAAGUAUAUUACCGGCAACACGUCGACAUGUUCGCCGACAAGACCCUCAACCAAAGUACCACGCUCCGACGGCGCGGGUAUACCACGUCAUUGACAUAUGCUCUAUCCCUGCUCACCACCGCGUGCCUGCUGUUGUUUACUGGUAGCCACAUACCAGGCGCAAAUGCUGCUGCGGUAAUGUCUGUCGAUUUAGGUACAGAAUGGAUGAAAGUUGGUGUUGUAUCACCUGGCGUACCUAUGGAAAUAGCGCUUAAUCGGGAAUCGAAACGUAAAACGCCGGUUAUACUCGCUUUCCGCGAUGGUUUGCGCACAUUUGGCGAAGAUGCUGUGACUGUGGGAAUUCGAGAACCAUCUGCCGCUUAUGGAUAUUUACUCGAUUUGUUGGGCAAAACUAUUGAUAACCCAAUUGUGGAUUUGUACAGGAAACGCUUUCCAUAUUACGAGAUAAUCGCUGAUCCUGAUCGCAAUACAGUUGUUUUCAAGAAAAGUGAUACAGAGCAGUUUUCCGUUGAAGAGCUUGUCGCGCAAAUUCUCGUUAAGGCUAAGGAGUUUGCACAAGAAUCCACAUCCCAGCCAAUUACUGAAUGCGUUCUAACUGUUCCUGGUUACUUUGGGCAGGCUGAACGUGAGGCAUUACUCACCGCUGCUGAAUUGGCUAACCUUAAAGUUUUGCAGCUGAUCAACGACUUUACGGCCGUUGCCCUUAACUAUGGUGUAUUCCAUCGUGCAGAGAUCAAUGAGACGGCGCAAUAUUACAUUUUCUUUGAUAUGGGUGCUUACAAGACGUCGGCUGCUGUAGUUAGUUAUCAGCUUAUGAAGGAUAAAGUAACGAAAGAAACGAAUCCUGUAGUCCAAGUACUCGGAGUUGGCUACGAUCGCACGCUUGGUGGUCUAGAACUUCAACUACGCCUACGUGAUUAUCUAGCUGCAGAAUUUAAUGCCAUGAAAAAAACCAAAACUGAUGUAACAAAAAGUCCACGAGCGCUUGCGAAGUUAUUCAAGGAGGCUGGACGAGUAAAGAAUGUACUUUCGGCGAAUAAUGACCAUUUUGCGCAAAUUGAGAAUUUGCUCGAAGAUCAUGAUUUCAAAGUGCAAGUAACACGUGAAAAGCUGGAAGAACUCGGUGCGGACUUGUGGCCAAGGGUUGUUAAGCCACUAGAGCAAGCGUUGGCCGCAUCUGGUCUUUCAUUGGACACCAUCUCGCAGGUUAUAAUCUUUGGAGGCGGUACUCGCGUACCUAAGGUGCAAGAAAUCCUAAAGCAAGCGAUCAAUCAAGAAUUGGGUAAGAGUCUCAACGCUGAUGAGGCAGCAACAAUGGGCGCAGUUUACAAAGCAGCUGACUUGGCAACAGGUUUCAAGGUUAAAAAAUUCAUUGUAAAGGAUGCUGUUGUUUUCCCAAUUCAAGUUACAUUUAAGCGUGAUCCAGGUGAUGGCAACGCGGUUCGUCAAGUGAAGCGAGUCCUCUUUGGCCACAUGAACUCUUAUCCACAAAAGAAAGUGAUCACUUUCAACAAACACACUGAAGACUUCGAUUUCCAUGUGCAUUACGGGGAUUUGAGUCACUUGUCUGCUGAAGAGAUUUCAUACAUCGGUUCCUUAAAUAUUUCCCAUGUGGAGCUGGAAAAAGUGAAGGAAUUGAUUGAGCAGAACCAGAAUGAAGUGAUUGAGUCUAAGGGUAUCAAGGCUUACUUUACCUUGGACGAUUCGGGCAUCUUCCGCUGCGUUGGCGUAGAGUUUAUAUAUGAGAAGCAAAAGGAGGAUGAGGGUACACUUGCUAAGUUGGGUAAUACAAUAAGCAAACUGUUCUCUAAAGACGAAACUAAGGAUGAUCCCGAAAGUGAGGGCGAAAACGGCGACGCCGAAAAAUUUGAUUCCACAAAAUCUGAAAGUGAAACGGCUGAGAAGAGGGAAGAAAAAGAUACCAAGGCCACCAACAAAACUGAGGAAACUAAAUCGGCCGAUGAAAAAGUGAAGUUAGCUGCUAAAAAUUAUACUAUCAAACUGGUAACCGUAAAAGAGCCGGUGCAGCAUAAAAUAACACAACUUUUUACACGCCCGCUGGCUGGAGAAUCCUAUGAAAAAGCUGUGGAGAAGUUAACAUCAAUUAAUGCUGUCGAAUCUGAUCGCAACCGCUUGGAGUCUGCUCUGAAUGCACUCGAAUCACAUGUCGUUGAAAUUCAACAAAAAUUAGGCGAAGAAGAGUAUGCGAAAUGCGCCUCACCCGAGGAAAAGGAAAAGAUUCUUGAACUGUGUUCUUCAAUAUCCGAUUGGCUUUAUGAAGAUCAUGAAAAUCCUACACCCGAAAUGUAUGAGCAGCGCCUCAAGGAUUUGAAAAAGUUAACAAACGUUUUCUUGGCACGCCAUUGGGAACAUGCUGAGCGUCCUGAUGCGUUGAAGGCUUUCGAUGGAAUGAUAGAUGGUGCUACGAAAUUCUUAAACAGCGCUAGAAAUCUGACUAAAGCAUCUAACCCAGAAAAAGACGUAUUCACAGAAAUCGAAAUAGAAACGCUGAGCAAAGCAAUUCGUGAGGCUAGCGAUUGGAAGAAGAGUGAAAGUAAGGCACAGCAGCAACUUAAGCGGCACGAUGAAGUGCGCCUAACCGUUAAAGAUAUCACCGACAAAAUGUCGUUACUCGAUCGAGAGGUUAAGUAUAUGGUGAACAAAAUAAAGAUAUGGAAACCCAAAGUGAAGCCAACCAAAAAAACUAAGAAAGACACAAAAACCGAGGACGCUGCUGGAUACAGUGAGGGUGGAAGCGGGUCUGGCGCCAACGUUGACGACCCAACAAAAGACGAGCAAUCAGAAGCAGAAAAUAUUGUAAAUGAGGGUGAAGAGCAAGUUAUUGAUGCACCUACUACUGAGGAUAACAAAGAGAAAGCAACACCAAAGCCAUCGCCAACGGAAGAUCACACUCCGCGCUCCGAAUUGUAAGACUGUGGCGUGUGAGCAGUAUGUGAUAGUUGAUAAAAUACAGACCGUUUACAGGUCUUCUAGUGCUAAGCUAAUGACUGCAUUAACCGCAUAAACUUUGUAGGGUAACGGCUACCCAACUUGCUGAUUUCAAAAAUAGAAUGCAUGCAUUUUCCAUUCCACCAUAAACACACUCCUUUAAAAUGCCAAUAUUACUAUAUCUACAUAUACAACAGGGCAAACGUAUUUCUAAUAACUAUCCAUUUUUGGUUAUCUAUGCAUUCAUUAGUCCUCAGCAUUUUAUAUGCAAUAAGAGUCUUAUGUACUAUAAAUAAAUUUUUUAAAUAAAAAUUUUAGUUGAUUUUUUUAUAUUUCUCAAACCCUA